CGAACUAGUCGAUGUCAAGGACCCCCGGAAGAUAUCGCUCAAAUAUAAGAGCGCGAAGUUUACUGAGCCGAACUGGAAUAAUAGAGUCUACGCGCAGGUUCUAAACAUUACCCUACGCGACCAUGAGACCAUCACAUGGCAGGCUCCUCGCGCGUAUCUACCCCAAAGAUCUCAUUCCGCGCGACUACCUCGGCACCCUCGUCGAAGUCAAAAUAGUUAAUUACGCCGUCCUCCUCGAUCCCAGCUAUUAUCUUUCCCUCCGCCUCGACGCCCUCCUCCACACCGAAGUCCGCCGCCAUCCUGCCACCGCAUCCCGUACAAUCAACGACACCGCCCACGACACGUUACGCCGCAAACCCGUCGCGAUAAGCAUUAAGACCGAGAUGACUGCCGCUAAUAAACAUGAAGAAAAGGGCCAGCCGGCCGUGUAGGCGGCUAAGUACCUGGAGCGACUGGAGCGCCUAUUACAGG